CCGGGACACCCCCUCCGUCCUACCUCCAACCCCAGGGGUGCCAGCCUUUCCUCCGUGCACGGAGAGGCGCCGCUUCCCGUCCCUGGCUUCUCAGCGCUUCCCCCUCCCUCACACCGGGCCCGGCCCCACCACCCGAAUAUCCCGGCACUCGGGCCGUGGGCGCCGUCUGGGCCUCGCCCCCAAAGCGCGCUGAGCCCGGCCGACGCCUCUCUGCGAGGGCGAGGGGCCGCGUCGAGCAGGCCCUGGCCGCCCCGCCCCGCCGAGCCUCUCCCCCGCUCCUGAGGAGUGGGCGCAGACAGACCCCCACAGCCCUGCCCGGGCGCCCCCGGUACAGCCUGUCUGUCCCCGACGACCCCCUUCGGGAUGCCUUAACGCCAGUGUGGUUGCUGGUGUUUGGAUGGGCAUGUAGACAGGCCAUUAGACAGGCAGUUGGGUUCGUAAUUACUUGUGGCCAGUCAGGAAGAAAGCUGUGUCAUCGGUGAUGAUGAGCAGUCAACACAGAUGGCUGCAAGUUGGGAAGAUGAGAAAGUGACAGAAGCAUCUUCAAACAGUUUUGUUGCUAUUAAAAUUGAUACCAAAAGUGAAGCCUGCCUACAGUUUUCACAAAUCUAUCCUGUAGUAUGUGUUCCAUCCAGUUUCUUUAUUGGAGACAGUGGAAUUCCCUUGGAAGUAAUAGCAGGAAGUGUUUCUGCAGAUGAACUCGUUACCAGAAUUCACAAAGUGCAGCAGAUGCACUCAUUAAAAGGUGAAACAUCAGUGGCAAAUGGCAGCCAGUCAGAAAGUUCAGUCUCUACUCCAUCCACCUCAUUUGAACCUAACAACACUUCUGAAAACUCUCAGUCUGGAAAUGUAGAGCUUUGUGAGACACCACCCACUUCUCCUGACACAAAGUCAGAUUCUGCAACAGGAGGAGAAAAUUCAGGCCUUGCUACUCCAUCUCAGGAGCCUAGUGGAUGUUCAAAUCAGAAACCUGCAGAGGACCUCACUGUCAGAGUGGAAAGACUAACCAAAAAACUUGAAGAAAGGAGAGAAGAGAAAAGGAAAGAGGAAGAACAGAGAGAGAUUAAGAAGGAAAUUGAGAGGAGAAAAACUGGAAAAGAAAUGUUGGAUUAUAAAAGAAAGCAAGAAGAAGAAUUAACGAAAAGAAUGUUAGAGGAAAGAAACAGAGAAAAGGCAGAAGAUAGGGCAGCUCGAGAGCGUAUAAAACAGCAGAUUGCGUUGGACCGUGCGGAGAGAGCUGCUCGUUUUGCAAAGACAAAGGAAGAAGUAGAAGCUGCUAAAGCUGCUGCCUUACUCACCAAACAGGCAGAAAUGGAAGUCAAGAGGGACUCUUCCGCAAGAGAAAGGAGCACUGUUGCAAGAAUUCAAUUCCGUCUUCCUGAUGGUUCUUCCUUUACAAAUCAGUUCCCUUCUGAUGCUCCUCUAGAAGAAGCAAGGCAGUUUGCUGCACAGACUGUUGGCAACACUUAUGGUAACUUUUCAUUAGCAACCAUGUUUCCCAGAAGGGAAUUUACCAAAGAAGAUUAUAAAAAGAAAUUACUGGAUUUGGAACUUGCCCCAAGUGCUUCAGUGGUACUGUUGCCAGCAGGAAGACCAACUACAUCCGUGGUACAUUCUUCCAGUGGAGACUUUUGGACAUUGCUGGGGACAGUGCUUUACCCAUUCCUUGCCAUCUGGAGAUUGAUUAGCAACUUCUUAUUUAGUAAUCCUCCUCCUGCACAGACCUCAGUGAGAGCAGCGUCAUUAGAACCCUCAAAUCUUGGAUCGUCUAGCAACUCGGAAAAAAGGGAACCAGUCAGAAAGAGAGUGCUGGAGAAACGGGGAGAAGACUUUAAAAAGGAGGGGAAGAUAUAUAGAUUGAGGACUCAAGAUGAUGGUGAAGAUGAAAACAACACUUGGAAUGGAAAUUCUACUCAACAGAUGUAGUGUGACAAGUACACUAUGUGCAAUAAUCAUUGUUUCUCUUAUGAUUUAAUUCAACUAAAAUUCUACUGGAGAAGUGGGACUGCUUUAUGUUUUCUAACUGAUCUAUAAAGUGUCUCUUUAUUCCUGCUUAGUGGGUGAAAGUUGUUUAACUCAGACAAGUCAAGAGAUAAAUUUACUGGCUGCUGGGUCUUUGCAUAUGGUAACCAACUGUAGAAGCCUAAAAGAAUCAAAAGGUCUGCCACAGUCUCCCUUUAUCAGCUUUCUUACUCAGUAUUUCAUGUACCCCUUAGCCCUUUGCUCUCAGAUGAUAGAUUCUGUUCAGAGGGAUUUUGCUCCAGAACUCUUAAGCCUACACGGAGUAACUGGUAUGUCACUGAGUAAUUGGACUCUGAGUCAGAGCAUUUUAACUAGCUAAUCAGAUGACAAUUUAUGUUUAACUUUUCUCUUUUUGCUCAUCAGCUGCAAGCAAAAUCUUGUAGUUUUUAAUCUUAAACACUGAAUAAAAAAUCUUUUCCAAAAAUCGGAA